UGGCUGCAAUGUUCUAACUAACCUGACAAUGGAUAUUAGUAAAUCUUCUGCUCUCUUGUUGCUCCUCCUUUCCUUCACCUCAUUUCUUCUGACAUGUCGCUCAGCCCCAAUAAAGACUUACAUUGUGUACACUGGGAACAGCAUGAAGGAUGAAGCUUCUGCAUUGACCCUUUACACAAGCAUGCUACAAGAAGUUGCAGACAGCAAUGCCGAGCCCAAGUCAGUACUGCACCACUACAAACGUAGUUUCAGUGGCUUUGUUGUGAAGCUAACAGAGGAGGAAGCCGAUAGAAUGGCUGGACUUGAUGGAGUGGUGUCUGUAUUUCCUAAUGAGAAAAGACAACUCCAUACAACAAGGUCUUGGGAUUUUAUUGGCUUUCCACUACAAGCUGAAAGAGGACCAACUAAAAGUGAUGUCAUUGUUGGAGUACUUGACUCUGGAAUCUGGCCAGAAUCUGAGAGUUUCAAUGAUAAAGGAUUUGGCCCAGCACCUAGUAAAUGGAAGGGCACAUGCCAAACGUCUAAUUUCACUUGCAAUAAUAAAAUCAUUGGGGCUAAGUAUUACAGAGCUGAUGGUUCAUUUAGUGAUGAAGAUUUAAAAUCUCCAAGGGAUUCAGAUGGUCAUGGCACUCAUACAGCAUCAAUAGCAGCAGGGAACCCAGUUAACACAGUGAGUAUGUUGGGCCUUGGACAAGGAACAGCAAGAGGUGGAGCUACAUCAGCACGCAUUGCUGUCUAUAAAGUAUGUUGGAUUGAUGGAUGUUAUGAUGCGGACAUACUUGCUGGGUUUGAUGAUGCAAUUGCUGAUGGGGUUGACAUAAUAUCAAUUUCAAUUGGAGGGUUCAAUGAUAAGGACUAUUUUAGGGAUGGAUUAGCCAUUGGAGCAUUUCAUGCUGUGAGAAAUGGAGUAUUGACAACAACUUCAGCUGGGAACUCGGGUCCAAAACUUUCAUCAUUAGCAAAUUUUGCACCUUGGUUAAUAUCUGUGGCUGCUAGCACCAUAGACAGGAAGUUUGUUACCAAGGUUGAAUUAGGUAACAACAGAACUUUUGAGGGAAUCUCAAUAAAUUCAUUUGACCUUAAGGGAGAAUUGUAUCCUAUAAUAUAUGGUGGAGAUGCACCAAACACUAAUGGAGGCUACGAUGGAUCUAUAUCCAGGUUUUGCUCUGGUGGUACGUUGGACAAAAAUAAAGUCAAGGGCAAAAUUGUUCUCUGUGAAGGGAGAAGCCUAGCGCAAGGACCUUUCUAUGCUGGUGCUGUUGGAGCACUGUUACAAAGUCAAUCUUUUAGAGAUGAUCCUCCCUCUCUUCCUCUUCCAGGAUCUUACCUUGACUUGCUGGAUGGUACCUCCGUGUAUAACUACUUAAACUCUACAAGUACACCAACUGCAACCAUAUUUAAGAGUGAUGAAAUGAAAGAUACUUUGGCACCUGUUGUGGUCUCUUUCUCCUCAAGGGGUCCAAAUCAUGUUACACCUGAAAUUCUCAAGCCUGAUUUAGUGGCUCCAGGAGUUUCUAUUCUAGCUAGUUGGUCUCCAAUUUCCCCUCCUUCUGAUAUUGAAGGUGACAACAGAACAUUACAAUUCAACAUUAUCUCAGGAACAUCAAUGUCAUGCCCACAUGUUGCUGGGGCAGCAGCAUAUGUUAAAUCAUUUCAUCCAAUGUGGUCUCCUGCUGCUAUUCGUUCAGCUCUAAUGACAACAGCUAAGCAGCUUAAUCCCAGGAUUAACCGUGAUGCAGAAUUCGCAUAUGGUGCAGGCCAAAUUGAUCCUUUGAAGGCUGUGAAUCCCGGUUUAGUAUAUGAUGCUGGUGAAAUAGACUAUGUAAGGGUUUUAUGUGGACAAGGCUAUAGUUCCAGGAUUAUACAACUUAUCACAGGAGAUAAUAGUAGCUGCUCUGAAACAACUUAUGGAACAGCAAGGGAUUUGAACUAUCCUUCAUUUGCUCUUCAAGUGCCACCCUCUAAUUCCAGUGUAAGUGGCGGUUAUAAUAGGACUGUAACAAAUGUUGGGUUUUCAAUGUCCAAAUAUAAAGCUAUUGUGACUGCUCCACAAGGACUAAAAAUUGUAGUGAACCCUAGUGUUCUAUCAUUCACUUCUCUUAACCAAAAGCAAACAUUUGUGCUCACAAUUGAGGGAACAAUGGAAGCAUCCCUAGUGUCAGCCUCUUUGGUUUGGGAUGAUGGUAAAUUCCAAGUUAGGAGCCCCAUUAUUGUGUUUAAUACACCAUAAUAGGUAGGGUGAUGCAUUAAAUAAUUGUAGCAAAAGCAUGAAGCAUUUGCAGGUUUGCAUUUAUUAGCAUUAAAGCCAAAAUGGCUGCUCUCGUUUUUCUUGGUAACAUUUAAUCAAUAUUUAUUU